CGCCCCCCACUUCCGGUGUGGAUUACGAAAUCGCUUGGCGACCCGAUAAGGGUUUCCGGGAAAGGUCUCCUGGGCGAGGGGUGCGGUCCCGGGUGGGAGCGAGGUGGAGGGAGAGUUUCGGGCCGGGGUCGCGGGGCCUGACCUCGCUGUCCCCCCCACCCCCGCACUCGGGGUUCGGCGCAGCCAUGGAGAACGGAGGGCGGCCCUCGCUGGGCCAGUUCAUCCUCCUGGGCACCAGCUCCGUCGUCACCGCCGUCCUGUACUCCGUGUACCGGCAGAAGGCCCAGGUCGCCCAAGAGCUCAAGGGAGCUAAAAGGAUCCACUUGGGUGAAGACUUAAAGAGUAUCCUUUCGGAAGCUCCAGGAAAAUGUGUGCCUUAUGCUGUUAUUGAAGGAGCUGUUCGGUCUGUUAAAGAAACGCUCAACAGCCAGUUUGUGGAAAAUUGCAAGGGGGUGAUUCAGCGGCUGACGCUUCAGGAGCACAAGAUGGUGUGGAACCGAACAACCCAUCUCUGGAAUGACUAUUCAAAGAUCAUUCACCAGAGGACCAACACGGUGCCCUUUGACCUGGUCCCCCACGAGGAGGGCGUGGGUGUGGCCGUGCGGGUGCUGAAGCCGCUGGACUCCGUGGAUCUGGGCCUGGAGACGGUGUAUGAGAAGUUCCACCCCUCGAUCCAGUCCUUCACUGAUGCCAUCGGCCACUACAUCAGCGGGGAGCGGCCCAAGGGCGUCCAGGAGACCGAGGAGAUGCUGAAGGUUGGGGCCACCCUCACGGGGGUGGGUGAACUGGUCCUGGACAACAGCUCGGUCCGCCUGCAGCCCCCCAAGCAGGGCAUGCAGUACUAUCUGAGCAGCCAGGACUUCGACAGCCUGCUGCAGAGGCAGGAGUCGAGCGUCAGGCUCUGGAAGGUCCUGACGCUGGUGUUUGGCUUUGCCGCGUGCGCGGCCCUCUUCUUCAUCCUCCGGAGGCAGUACCUGCAGUGGCAGGAGCGCCUGCGCCUCAAGCAGAUGGAGAAGGAGUUCCGGGAGCACGAGGCCCAGCUGCUGAGCCAAGCCAAGCCCGAGGACCGGGAGAGCCUGAAGAGCACCUGUGUCGUGUGUCUGAGCAACUUCAAGUCCUGCGUGUUCCUGGAGUGCGGGCACGUGUGUGCCUGCACCGAGUGCUACCAGGCGUUGCCAGAGCCCAAGAAGUGCCCCAUCUGCCGGCAGGAGAUCACCCGGGUGAUUCCCUUGUACAACAGCUGACAGUCUCGAAGCCCCACGGUUACACAUGAAAGGGAGCUCUCCCCUUUCAGGGGUUUUAUCUCAAGGCCUUACAGGAGUAUGGCGGGGAGGGGAGGGGAGGGGCAGCUGCUAUCUCCAGGUAUGACUGAGGGAGGGAGUCGGGGAGCCGUCCAGAACUCACACUUGAACCUGAGAGGGAACCUUCCCAGCACAGGAGAGUCCGAGCCCAGCCUGGGGGGGUGCUGGCCUGGCCUCCCUCCCCGGAGCCCGCCAAGUGCGACUGUGAGCACCUCAUCGCUCCGGCGCCAGAGCCAGUGAUCCUCAGCUCGUGCCCCCGUGUCUUCGGGUCCUUUCUGGUGACUCUGAUUCUUGUGGACUUGAGCCUUAAGUGACUCAGAGGCGGGCAGAGUCGGGCUCAGUGUGACGCACGCCGCUUGGAACUGCCUCUGGAGAGACUGUCCGGGUCGCUCUUCCUUUUGCUCACACCCCAGGAGAAAAUUGUAAGGCUGGACACGUCACUGUGGCCCUUUCCCCUCCCUGCUUGCCUCCUAAAUGCGUGUACCUGUGCGUCAGGACAGGAGACGGAAGUCCAGCGUCUGCUUCUCCCGAGCAGAACAUGACUCUGAACAGCACACGGAGAGCGGUCACCUGGGGGUGGGAAUGGUGGGCUCAGUGGUGGGUUUGGGGCCCCAGCAGGGGCAAGGAUGGCCAGCUGGCUGCCCAGCUGGCUGCCCUCCUCCUGGUGUCUCUGCUGCCCCCACCUGGCGGGGACUGGCUUUCCACAGCACCCCACCUCCCACAGGAAGCAAUAAGGGCGCUGCUGCCCCGCCUCUGGCUGUCAGCUUCUCCCUCAGCCUCACCAGCCAGCACCCUGAGCACAGCCUUGUCCCGGCUCCCUCUCCUGCAGUGAAAGUCGACAGAAAUGCCUCGGGUGUAAUCACAUCACCCCCCUCUUUGUUGCCUUCACCCUCCACCUGCCCCUCCUGUUGUGAGUGGAAGAGAAGUGGUCAGCGGUCUCCACGGCUCUUUCUUUUCUCCCUGCGCCGAAUGUUCAUUCUCUCGCGAUCCUCCCUUUGCGGGGGAGGAGGGGUGCUCUCAGGGGCUGGCACCACUUCGGUGUCCAGCGUGGACAGCACAAAUUAAACAUCUUCCAACCAAG